AGUGCCAGCCAGCUCCAUUUGCCAAAGUAUUGUGCUUUUCCCAUACCCAUUUCCCUCUUCAGCAAAUGGGUCAUCUCCAUCUGCUUCCCUUUCUUCCAUAAUUUAAUCAAGUUUUCUGCUUUCUUUUCUCCUUCUUCUUCUUGUUGGGUGGGGUUUCUUUCACCUUACAAAGUACGAGGAUGUUUUCUAGAUUGAUACAUCCCCAUGAAGGACAGGAAGACAUGCAGGGUGCUCACACUCACACUCACUUGGGAGACCCUUGUCUUGUUUUGACUUCUGAUCCCAAACCUCGCCUUCGUUGGACUGCUGACCUUCAUGAACGCUUUGUUGAUGCUGUCACUCAACUUGGGGGUGCCACUAAAGCCACUCCAAAAGCGAUCAUGAGGACCAUGAAUGUCAAGGGUUUGACGCUCUAUCAUUUAAAGAGUCAUCUUCAGAAGUACAGGCUUGGUAAGCAAUCAGGAAAGGAUUCUGACGAGGGAUGCAAAGAUGGAAUAUCAGCUUCAUAUCUUCAAGAAAGCCCUGGCACGGGUAACUCGUCUCCAAAGCUACCAGCUUCUGAUGCAAACGAGGGUCAUGAAGUCAAGGAGGCAUUAAGAGCACAGAUGGAAGUGCAAAGUAAACUUCAUUUACUGGUGGAGGCAGAGAAGCACUUGCAAAUUCGCCAGGAUGCCGAGCGGAGGUAUAUGGUCAUGCUUGAGAGAGCAUGUAAAAUGUUGGCUGAUCAAUUUAUCGGGGAUACAAUUAUUGACUCAGACAGCCAAAAAUUUCAAGGACUAGAAAGCAAAGCAUCAAGAAGUUCUUUAGUUGAUCCCCUUGGCUUUUUCCCCCCACAAUGCACCGAGGUAGGUGGAAUGCAUGUUUCAGAAGUACAGCCACCUAUUCUCCAGCCUCAAGGGGCUGACUGUUCCACAGAAAGUUGCCUUACAUCACUUGAGAGUCUGGGAGGGUUGACACUAGAAGGAUCUCCUGGUGGCUCAAAGAAGAGGAUGCUGAGCUUGGACACUAUGGUAGCACCUUUGAUCUGGAGUGAAGCAAACACAAGAACUCAAGGUAUCCCUUUAGCCCAAGUUAACCCUUCAGGUAUAACUAGGUAUGGCAUGUAGGUAGGGAAGGUUAACACGUUAGUUCGUCACAAUAUUGUAGGAGAGUUGAGGACAUUGUGCUUCUCUGGAAGCUUUUAGGAUUAAGUACUGAAAUUCUUAUCUGUUCUUGUCUAUGAAAUUGGUGGGAACAGAGCUGGAAUUGACUUGUCUCAUCAUUUUGUAAAUUGAAAAUACUAUGUGGCUUAACAUGACUAGGACCAUUGCAGAAAAUGGCGCUGACCAUUUACAAUCACUGUCUUGUUUUUUAGUGGUUCCUUAAUUGCAUAU